UUUGGCCCAAAUCACAAGGUUCGUUCAUCCUUGACCCGAUUCAGAAUUUCGACAUUGUUCUCCUUCUCUCUUUCUCACAGUUGCUCCAUAGCCAUCACCUCUUUUACAAAUUUUGCUUCAUUCAUAAUCUUCACAAUCUCAACUACCCCUUUUACACUUCCCCACAACAACAACAAACAAAAAGAUUGAAUCUUUUUCCUUAAGUUCCAAAAAAUCAUCAAUUUUUCGAAGAUCCCACCAAAAAAAAUCAUCAUUUCAAGUCAAAAUUUUCAAUUUUUCAGAUUCCACACCUCUAUGGGUGUGAUUUAAGAUCAAGAAAUCAUGUUGGGUGCUGUCCAAUUAGGACUUUUUGCAGCAGGGGUUGUACUUUUUGUCCCUAUGGGUAUGGCAGGUUGGCAUUUGAGCCGUAACAAGAUGCUCUUUUUCAGUUGUGCCCUUUUCAUCACUCUUGCUGUUGGUGUUCAUCUUGUUCCAUAUUUCCCUUCUGUUGCAUCUUUUCUUUCAUCUGGUUCAGAUUCUUUAUCAUCUGUUAUUGUAAAUCGUGAUUCUUGUUUUUCUUUACUUCAUCAAGUAGCAUUUGAUUUUCAAGAAUUGAGUAAUAAUAGUAAAAGGGGUUCUUGGAAAUGGGUUGAGUCUGAAAAUGUUGUAGAUUGUGAUUUCCAGAAGUUGACUAAGAAUGAUGCUUCAGAUUUGUUAAAUGGGUCAUGGGUUGUUGUUGCUGGAGAUUCACAAGCUAGGUUAAUGGUGGUUUCACUUUUGGAGUUGUUAUUGGGAGAAAGUAAGAUGGAGCUGAUAAAGAAGGAUCUUUUCUUGAGGCAUAGUGAUUAUAACAUAUUUGUUGAUGAGAUUGGGAUGAAGCUGGACUUUAUAUGGGCACCUUAUAUGAGUAAUUUGACUGAUUUGAUAAUGAGGUUUAAAGAAAAAAAGAGUUAUCCUGAUGUAUUUGUGAUGGGGGCAGGGUUAUGGGAUAUGUUACAUGUAAAUAACGCGUCGGAAUAUGGUGUUUCGUUAAAGUCUUUGAAGGAUUCAGUAGUGUUGUUGGUACCGGUUUCUUCAGCUUUUGCUAACAGUGAUGGUUCUGGGACGAAUAUUGUGGUUCCAGUUCGGUCGCCCAACUUGUUUUGGUUGGGGAUGCCUAAGUUGAUAAGCUCAAUGUUGAAAACAGAUGAGAAGAGGGAGAAGAUGAAUGAUGUAAUGUGGGAAGCUUAUAAUGAUGAACUUUACAGAAGUAAGCUUCUUCAACAAUCUGGUGGACCAUUGUUUUUGCUGGACGUGCAUUCGUUGAGUAAUAAAUGUGGAGCUGAUUGUACGUCCGAUGGAAUGCAUUAUGAGGGGGCUGUCUAUGAAGCUGCUGUACAUAUCAUGUUAAAUGGAUUGCUGAUAGAAUCUAACCAGAAGCUAUGAUGGUUAACGAUAUGACACCCUUCCGCAAUGGGAAAGGGCAAUAGAAUCACUUUGAACUUCGUCUCCAGAAAGCUUCUUACUCUCCUUGUAGGUUUGAAGCUCCGUUGGGUACAUGUUGGAUCCUCCAAAAGUAAUGCAUUUUUGAGGACCCAACACUGGUGUGGCAACACUUUUGGAGGGUUCAAACAUCAUGGCUUUCUAACCAUAUCAAGAUGAGUGGAAAUAAAAGAUGAUUUUCUGAUUGUGUUGUAAUGAUGCAAGGUGAGGAAAUUUACCUCUUCUUCCCUCUCCAACCACUGGAAUUUUUGCUAUGAUUGUAGAUGAAGUUUGUCUUUAAUUGCGUUUUUGAUCUUAUUUAGAUAUAUAGUUAUUUGAGUUGUUGCUCGCACUCUCUGAAAAUGUUUGUGUGAAUUCGAGCAACAUAGGUUAUUUGUUAA